AUGGAAACGGUCUACGGGUUUUCCAUGGCGAGCAGGGGCAGCUUUAGCUCAGAGUUCUCAGAGGAAGAACUGGAGGUGAGUCCUCGGGGAUCCGAGGAUCUGGAUAGCAGUGAUGGCAGUUGCCCAAAAAGUUGUUACGCAAACAGCACCCUAAGCGAGCUAGAGGAGAGACAGAACAAGAAACGCAGUAGACCAGUGCGUUCCAAAGCCCGCAGAGUGGCAGCCAAUGUGAGAGAGAGGAAACGCAUCAUGGAUUACAACCAGGCAUUUAACGCACUCCGGGUGGCACUGCAUCAUGACCUCAGUGGAAAACGACUGUCGAAGAUCGCCACGCUCCAGAGGGCCAUUAAUCGGAUCUCUGCUCUUUCAGUGUUCCUUACCAACAACCCACCAGCAUGCAUGGCAAAACCCAGCAGCCACUUGGAGUGUCACGGUCAGCCCAGCAGCUUGUGGCCAGAGACAGAGCCAUCACCCCCUUUCCGCCUGGAGUCCCAGAACUUUCUGACCUGGCAUCAGCCGCUCCCCCACCAUAUCCAAAACCCUGUGCACAGACUGCCCUCAGAGCAGCAUAUUUUCAUUGAUGGACAAAGGCACACGGGUCCCGUCUGUCCCCCUUCCCCUCACUACCCCUGUUUCUCUCCUGAAUCCCAGCUCUACCAGACCGGACACUGCGGGACACCUCCCAGCAACACGACCAGCCCACCCAGGUACGGGAGACUUGGUGACAUUGGCGGGUAUCAGCCAGGACUUUGGGGCUCUUGUGGCCCAAGUCAUAUGGACAAUUAUGGAGAACCACACCAGACGGUCCCCCUUCCCUUGCACAUGAGCUACCUGCAGGACGCUGGACCUCAGCAUUGCCAGAACGCACUCUGA